AUGUUUCAAAUUCGGCAUGGAAAUGAUCCGGUGCUAUCCUAUUUGAACGGAGAAGAACAUGAGGAUUCGAUUGGUAUCAGGGCAUCUGAAGAAGAUGGUUUCAUCUCGGGAGAAAAACGACACAAUUCGUCUCGAAACACCUCGAGGCAAUAUUACGUCCGGUGGUUGACACAUCUCUUGUUUGCCGUGGUAUGGAUUCUAUCCAUUUUUGUUUCAAUGUACAUCUCAGGGCAUAGAGGACACCAUUGCGAGGGCCUAUCUGAUGUUGUUUCCACGGAGCUAUGGUCUGUGCAGCCUGCAAUCGAAGUCACGAAAGUCCGUUUCAGUGGCACGCUCCAGUUCGAUAAUAAGAGUAAUCUCAUUUCUACAUAUUGGAACCCCGAUGCACCAAAAUAUACCGGCGAGCCGAGUGAAGAGCUAGACAAUCUCUGGAAUACUCUGAUACAUCCCGACGGGGUGGAUCUUCGCGGGGAGGAAGCCAAGUCAAUAUACGGAAAGACUUUUGAGAAACCGGGAGGUUGGUCGAUUCCUUUGCUUGACCGGAAAGCAUCUAAUGAAAAACUUCGUCGCAUAAAGAACCUACUCCGUCAAGCUUUGCGCCCAGAUUACUAUACCAGACAUGAUCCAGAGCCCGAAUACACGACACAUAUACACCAUUGCCUUGACCAUCUACGUCAGGCACUGAUGUGCAACGUUGAUGUGACGCCAAUCCCCGUCCUGUGGGCUGAGAAAGAAGAUCGUCCUCUGAAUGACUUUCAGGUGGAGCACACAUGUCGAAACUUUUGGAAGAUCAAAGAUUGGGCUAAACAGCGUAGUGCGCACAAGCAUGGGUACAAGGGUCUUCAGCCUCAUUAG